AUGGAAGAGAUCAAUCUUGGUGUUACUUGCGACAUGCAUGUCCAUGUCAGAGACGGUAAGAUGUGUGAGUUGGUGACGCCCUCAAUUCGCGAAGGUGGUGUUUCGGUGGUGUAUGUGAUGCCCAACUUGCAGCCACCAGUGACUACGUUGGAUCGGGUCGUGGAAUACAAAAAAAAGCUGGAAAAACUGGCACCAGAGACAACGUUUUUGAUGAGUUUUUAUCUCUGCAAGGAUUUGAGUCCCGAACUUAUCCACCAGGCCGCCGCUCAAAAGGCGAUUCAGGGUGUCAAGUGCUAUCCGGCCGGAGUGACGACCAAUUCGUCGGCCGGCGUGGACCCCAACGAUUUCAGCGAUUUCUAUCCAGUCUUCAAGGCAAUGGAGCAGGAAAACCUGGUCUUGAACCUACAUGGGGAAAAACCAUCUGUAGGUGAAGAGGGCAACGACAUUCACGUCUUGAAUGCCGAGGAAUCGUUCUUGCCCGCACUUCGUAAGCUGCACCAAGAUUUCCCCAAUUUGAAAAUCGUCCUGGAGCACUGCACUACAGCUGCGGCCAUCAAUACGAUCAGAGAUAUUAACAAAAACGUUGUGGACGCUUCGCAGGUUAAGGUCGCAGCAACCAUCACAGCACAUCACUUGUUUUUGACUAUCGAUGACUGGGCCGGUAAUCCUAUCAACUUUUGCAAGCCGGUGGCCAAGUUGCCUAGCGAUAAGAGAGCCCUUAUUGCAGCAGCCACCUCCAACGAACCCUACUUCUUUUUCGGGUCAGAUUCGGCUCCCCACCCUCAAGAGAGCAAGGCGAAACACGCAGGCGUCUGUGCUGGUGUCUUCACGCAAUCGCUAGCGAUUCCUUACGUCGCCGAGGUUUUUGAUGCCCAAAAUGCGCUUGACAAACUCAAAGCCUUCGUUUCCGACUUUGGUUUGUCCUUCUACGGUAUCAAGCAAGAGGAUCUUAAGUGUCGUGAAGAGGUCAUUCUAUACCGGAAGGAACAACCGGUACCUGACGCUCUUUCCAAUAGUCAGGAUUUGGUCGUUCUGCUAUUCAAGCCUUGUGACAAAUUGAAGUGGUCUACCAAGUGGUCCGAGGCAAAAUGA